UGCGGUGUCUAACAGACCACUGUGUGAAUGAUUGACAGGCAUCCACAACACCGCGACAUUUGAACCAGAAGGCGUCGUUGAUGGCAACCUCUGAUCUGGAGAGACAGUUUGACACCCGGGGCAGUAGGAGGCACUGCAGCCCCAGUCCCAGCCUGGACUAYGUGUAUGCUGUUCCUCCGACGGUGGUCCCAGACCCCAGCUAUGACAUCCCUAUCCCCUCCUCCGUCCCCCCCUCCAUCCCUCCGGCCUCAGUCAUCCAGCAGAGGCUAGCGGCCGGAGGCUACAAUACCUCACCCAGCCUCCAGAGACAGCCUAGCAGUUACAACACCCUCCCCAACCCCCGCAAGUCAGACUGGAUCUACGAUGUACCCAGCUCUCCUGAGAAGCCUGGUGGUGAGCCUGGGUACUACAACAUCCUGCCAUCUGGUGGCCAACCUGGAUAUUACACACACCUGCCAUUUGGUGGCCAGCCUGGGUACUACACCACCCUGCCCUCCAAGGCCCUGAGCUCUGACGGGCAGCUCCACGACACUCUGACAGACCGUAACUGCUCUGGUCAGGGACGUGGCUCUGCUCAGUCCCUCUACGACAUCCCCAAACCUAGAUCCCCUCCCCGGGGGUCCAAGGACCCCCCCAACCCCCCCAGGGUCCUCCCCAGGCCUCCUCUCUACGACAGACCACCAGGGCAGAGACAGACGGGCAAGGAGCACUGUGUGUACGCUGUCCCCUCUCGGGAGCAGCCCUCAGUCUCCGUCCCCCACAGAGGACACCAUGUCCCGUUGGAGUGUCGGGGGGACUCUGGUCCUACCUACGACCACCCCAACCCCCAGGGCAGGCUGCAGAGGGGCCGUCUGGGGCUAGUGGCUGGGGCUCUGGAAGCCAGGCCUGAUAGGGGAGACACUCUGUUACAGGAAGAGGAUGAAGAGAGAGUUACAACGUCAACAUCAGACAAACAGAGGAUCAGCACAGCCUCCACGUCCUCCACCUCCUCCUCCUGCGACUCCCURGCGCUGUGCUCCUCCUCCCCGGAGCCGCAGCGGGAGGUGUGUYUGAGCCAGGAGGAGGCGUGUCGCAGGCUGCACCUCCUACAGCAGGAGGUGUGCAGGGAUGUGCCGCGACUCAUGGAGUUCGUCUCCUCUAGCUGGAGGAGCAGGGAUCACCUGGAAAAGCACCUCACGGAGAUCAGGUUUGUGGAGAUUGAGAUCAGGAAGGCAGGUCUAUAUGACGUGCAAUCUGCAGCAGAGAUGUGCGGGUCGGUUGACCUCCUUCCUGACUUUGCCCUGAUGUUGAAAGGUAACGCCCGGCGCCUGACCGACUCCAACCUGCAGGCGCGUCUCCAGCGCCAGCUCAGUGUUGAGGACUCCGGCCUCAUCCUGCAGCAGGCCGUCAGCCUCCCUGGGCGUCGCGGCUGGCCCUCCCCUUCUGGCCAGGAUUCCCGCCAGAACCACACCCCAGACCAGCUGGACAGCCUCGCAGGGAGGACCGUUGUGUGUCCGAGCCCCAGGUCUGUGUGGACGGCCCUAGGAGAUCUUCAGAACCCCUGUCUCCUAGGAAGCCAUCCAAAUCUGACUCUGGUGACGCCCCCAGGAGAACCUCUGAGCCCCAGACCCCAGGUCUCCCUGUCUGCUAGGAUGGCCUCUCAGUCUGAGCCCCAGGUCUCCCUGUCUGCUAGGAUGGCCUCUCAGUCUGAGCCCCAGGUCUCUGACAUCCCUAGGAAGUCCUGUAACUCCCAGGUAGACAGCCCUAAGAGACAACCCACCCUGUCAGAAUAUUGCCGGCUGUACUUCGGGGCCCUGCAGAAGGCAAUCGGUGUGUUCAUAACCAGCAUGGACAGCCAGCCCCCGGAGAAGUUCAUCUCUCACAGCAAGCUGGUCAUCAUGGUAGGCCAGCGACUGGUGGACACGCURUACCGAGAGGCCCAGAAAGGAGAGUCCCAGAGAAGGGAGCCCGGGUCGGUGUCAGGGUCAGGGCCCAGCCAGAGCCAGAACCAGGUUCUGCUGUGUAAGUGCAACAACAUGUGUGCCCUGUUAAAGCAGCUGGCAGUAGCCACCAAGAAGGCAGCUCUGCAUUACCCUGAGAGACAGGCUCUGCAGGAGGCCCAGGACUUUGCCAAGGAGCUGGCUCAGAGAGCACAACACUUCAGGAUCUCUCUGGACCUCUGAGAGAGACAGUCUUUUAUUUUAUAGUCUAGAAGACAGACCUUUAUCUUAAGGAUGCAACAGACAGUGCCGACGAACAGUGAAAAGCUGUCCUAUCCCCUCUGAACGUCGCCAUAACGUUGAAUCGGCACCGUUCAUCAACACGCAGCAGGUGCUCCACAGCCGACGUUCAUGUCGGUCUGUAUUUUCCUAGUCAUUGGAGCUCCAAAAGCCAGUUUAUGCUUGAUCCGUGAAUGUGGUCGGAGGCGCAGUAUGGAUGGUGUGACUCCGGAAGCACGCAGAGGCCAAAUUGAGCGCCGUACGCCACCCAAAAAAUGUUUCAACAAUGUGGAAGGCUCCGUAUAGCACGGCAUUGACAUGAUGGGCUGACGGCUGACGGUAGGUGAGGGUAGUACAUCCUGUAUAAACACAAACUCACUUCCUUGACAACAGCUCUGCUCAACUGCUCCGUGAAGAGCAAGGAGUAUGMAUGGACCCUGACUUCUGCAGAUACCGUAUCAUCCCGGAACGGUUCACGGGCUAACGCAGGCGUCGGAUUGACCACGCAGCGCCUUUUAAAAGGAGACUGGUCCGCUCUGCAACCAUUGUGCCAACUAAAAUGUUCCCCAGAGGACCUGCAGACUAAUAAAAAACGAAUUGCACAUUUAAGGUGGAAUUUUAUGAAGCCAAAUCUAAGAUGUAUUUACCAACAAAUUGUAUGUAAUCGUAUGUGACACGUAUACCAUAGAGAUGUGUUAUUACUUGUAUAGUUGACUUUGAUAUCAACGGCCUGAAUACUGUAGUAGAAUAUUUUGACUGUAUUUCACUGUUUCUAUACGAACCCAGUUACCCUAUAGCCUACUACUUACUGUAUGUAGCCUUCUCAAAAUACAAUUUAGUACAUUCCUAAUUUUAAAAUAUGAUUAAAUAGUUGGAAAAAAUAAAAAAAACAUUUAUUUUGCUUCAA